AUGAGAUCAAAUCCAAAUAGGCGAAACCUUGAUCACUGGUGUGAGUUUCACAAUGACCAUGGUCAUAAAACAGCAGAUUGUAGACUGUUACAAGGGUAUCUUACCGAACUAUUUAGCGAAAAGGGUAAGCAAGCAUACAUGAAGAAUAGGCAGGAGCCGCCCAAACCUCCUUCUCCGAAAAGGAUCGUUAAUGUUAUAAGUGGAGGCGAAGGAAUUAACUGCGUGACAUAUACAACAGCCAGGAAAAUUUCUAAAGUUACAGUUACACACGGGAAGCGGGUUCGACAUGUUCUGGAGGAAGAAAGUAUUACAUUUGAUGAUGCAGACGCGGACGACGUGAUAACCCCCCACAACGAUGCACUGAUGCAAGCAGAAGAUAGACUGGUACCUAAGGCACAUACCCUGUCCGGCUUCGAUAAUUCGAGCGUUGUGACAAAAGGAGAGGUAACACUUACAACAUUUGCAGUGGUAAAAGAAAUGAAGUUUCAGGUGGUAGAGAUGGAAAUGACUUACAAUAUAAUUCUCGGAAGACCAUGGAUCCACGAGAUGGAUGAUGUUCCAUCUACCUUGCAUCAAGUUAUGGAAUUCCCAUCACCAUGGGGAAUACGUCAAAUUCAUGGGGAUCAACAGACUUCCAGAAGCAUCAAUUCUGUAGCAGAUUCAAGUUCGAAAAACGAAGAAAAGUAG